AUGCGACGCUUCAUUGUUGAAGGCUCAGGUUCUGAUCCAUCAACGCCAACCACCUCACCCACAACAUUUAGUGCUAAGAUCACCACUUUGGACCCGGCGGAAAUUGCUUCACGCUAUCCGGCUAAGCAAAAGCACGAAGGACCAGGCCUUUGCUUGCGGAGACUUCGUAUCUCGCAGGAUCCCCCCAUGUGGAUAGUUCCAAAUGUGGUGGACACAAGAGAAGCUGGCCGUCUCAUGGACCUGAUGGACAGGCAGCAGGGGCGUGUGCCUCCAAACGGCUGGAGAGUUCCUGAGGGGGAGGAUAUUCAGGAGUUAAUGGCAGACCUGGAAGGGAGAUUAGCAGCUGCAGCAGGUGAUCCGGGGCAGCCUCCACUUGGAGACUUGGAGUUGAGACGCCUGCCGGCUGAGGCCUUGAGUGGCGCAUCUGUGGUCUCCCGACCUAAGGAAGUCAAACCCUGCAGAGCUGUGUAUCUAUUUCUGCAUGACAUACCAAGUGAUGGUGCCGGAGAGCUGCUGUUUGUGAAGUCGAAGCUCCAGGUGAGGGCUCGCGAAGGCUUUGCGGUCGUUUGGGACAUGGACUCUUCGGAGCAUCAAGGCCUGCCACCGCGAAAUCGUGCACGGUAUGGCAUUUCUUGUACAUUUUGCCUUUGA